GCUCUCUUCCUCUUCUUCUUCUUCUUCUUCCUUCUUUCUCCCCUCUUCUUCUUGUCUAAUGCUAUGUCCUUGAAUACUAACAAUACAGAGAGAAAGCAGAGAAACCAUUGAUUCUAAUUGAUUUUUUUUCUUAAUUUAUAUGAUUUGAUAAUAAUAAUAAGAAGAAGAAGAAUAAAUAAUAAUACUAAUAAUGAGUAAGCACUCAGUUGCAGGUGCUUCUCGCACCUCUAAACCCCCGACCUUCUUCCAAAAGAUCAAGAGUUCAUGCCUGAACUCAUCAUCCCCAGACACAGGAAAAGGAAGAAGUAAAUCAUCAAGUAAAAAGAUGUCACAUGGAUUUCAGCUUGUAGAAGGCAAAUCAGGACAUGAUAUGGAAGACUACCAUGUUGCUGAAUAUCGAAAAAUCAAGAAUCAUGAGCUUGGCUUAUUUGCUAUCUUUGAUGGUCAUCUUGGGGAUCGUGUUCCUAGUUAUUUGAAAGACAAUCUUUUCCUUAAUAUACUUCAAGAGCCCCAGUUCUGGGAUGACCCUAAAACUGCCAUUAAAAAUGCUUACAAAAACACUGAUAAGUUUAUAUUAGAGAAUUCUAUGCAAUUGGGACCUGGGGGCUCCACCGCCGUUACUGCUAUUGUUAUCGAUGGCAAGGACUUAUGGGUUGCCAAUAUCGGUGAUUCUAGAGCUGUUGUUUGUGAGAGAGGCUCUGCCAAUCAGCUUACUGUUGACCAUGAGCCGCACACUGAGCGUAAGAGGAUUGAGAAGCAAGGUGGCUUUGUCACUACCCUUCCUGGAGAUGUUCCUAGAGUUAAUGGUCAACUUGCUGUUGCACGUGCUUUUGGAGAUCAAAGUCUUAAAGCACAUUUAAGUUCAGAACCUGAUGUAAGACAUGUGCCUAUAGACUCAACCAUGGAGUUUGUUAUAUUAGCAAGUGAUGGGUUGUGGAAGGUAAUGCAAAAUCAAGAGGCAGUUGAUUUGGUGAAACCCAUUAAGGAUCCGCAAGCGGCUGCCAAGCGCUUGACAACUGAGGCAUUAGCAAGAAAGAGCAAGGAUGAUAUAUCAUGCAUUGUGAUCCGUUUUGGAUGAUUGUGGUUGGUAGCACACUGCCAUUACCAAAGUCACCGAGCAUUGAUAUAUGUUGGCCCUUCACAUUAUGAGCUAGUUGAGUAUAUAUUUGAAGCUGGAAACAGGGGGCUUAUCUGGGUGUGAAGGCUUUGUUUAUGUAGUUGUAAUUUUUCUUAUUGUUUAGAAAGCUGAGUGUUAGAGGAAGUGGUGAAGCAUUUUUUAUUUGAUCAAGGAAAGAGAUACCCUUCAUGGUUGAUGAUGCCAAUGAUCUAUUUAUUUGCUGGGGAUUGGGGUGCAAUUAAUGGGGGCUAAUUCUUUCAUUGGACAGAUGGUAGGAGUUAAACAAAAAGUGAGUUUAGAUUCUAAUUCUGUGUAUAGGUUGUGAACAUAAAUAAGCUAAUUGUGCUACUUUUCUGGUGUAAUAUAGUGCAGUGGUGGUUGUGGUUAUAGAUUUAUAUAUCACACAGUGACUGCUACUUUGUUAAUGCAGUCUUCUUGUUU